GAGAUGCAGCACGCAUGCACUUUGUCUCCUCUCCUGGACAGGUUAACAAGCAGCAGGAGAGAAAAUGGCAGUUUCCUCCCAGUUCCACCAUGGAUGUGGCUGUUUCCUACAGAUCAGUGCUGCUUCACUCCAGCUUCCUGUGGGUCAGACCCAAUUCAUUUCUGUGCUCUCCUGUUUCCCCAGAAGCCUGGAGGGAAACCUCAUCACCGAGAUCCGGAGUGACACCUUCCGGGCAUGGCACGGGAUGCAGUUCCUCCAGACACUGGUCCUGAGCCAUAACCCACUGUCUGUUAUUGAGGACACAUGGUUCUUCAAGCUGCCUUCAGUCACUCACCUGGACCUGGGUGCCACACGAGUGACUUGGCAGACGCUGCUCAUGCUGCUCCUGAGAACAUCCCGCUUGGAAACACUCAAGCUGUCCAUCGACACGGCCUGCUGCCUCUGCCAGCACAAGCACAGCACUGAGACCCCGUGUAGGACCCUCAGCUUCGACUGCAUGAGCGUGUGCAGCAGCACUGCUCCCCGCUGCGCUCCCCUGGCAGAGACACCAGAGCUCCUGAAGGGACCUGUGCCACCCAGGAAAGGGAACAGCAGCUCUGUGUUGAAUCUCCAGCCUAAGGAGCCUUCACUCACGGAGCAGAGAACCGUCACGCUAGCAGCUCUCCUGAGCCUGAGCAGCCCCAGUGCAUCAGCACCUUCCCCUCAGCAGCUCUCGAGACAGGAGGGCAACACCACCAAGGAGUUGACACUGGCGCUGCAGAGCAUUCAGCACAGGGACUGGAGCAGCUCUAUUGACACCGGGAGGUUCUAUUUUCUAGCAGAGGGGCUCGUGGCACAGCUGAAGAACAAGCUGCACAAGGCCAUGAGCAUCCUGACUGUGAAAAGCACCAGCACAGCCCGGCCAGCGCAGAGGUACAAGGGGCAGGAGGUGGCAGUAGGGGAGGGAGGAAGAGCCAUAAGCUGGCAGCAACAGGAGCCUGGCUUAGGCUUGACCCCGUCAGAGUUCAUCUUAUGGGAAUCAGUGCUGAGUAUGAACCUCAGCAACAUCAUCCUACUCUCCAGCCACCAGAGAACACCCACCCCUGCUGCAGAACAGCCCCCUACACAAUACCCAACAGAGGCCUCGCAUCUCACCCGGUCUGGCGAGAGUCAGGAUCAUUCCGACGCCAUGGAGCAGACCAACACGACUGACGGGAUGGAGAAUGAGGAUAGUGCAGAAGAUGAGGAGGAAGCACCAUCCCCAACACAGGACUCUACUGGGACAGAUGAGCAGAAGCAGCAGAACACUGAUGGGACAGUGGGCAGCAGGGCUGCUGAAGAAGAGCCCGCAGCAGCAGAGGGUAGAGCAGAGCAGAGACUGAGCAUUAUCCAGGAUUUCUACUAUGCUCUGCUGGCUAAAAACGGCCCCCCUGCUGCCAGCAGCACGCCAGAGGACACGGCUGCAGCAGAGCGCUCCUCUCUAGGCGGGAGACCACCCACCGCCCCUGCAAGCACCACCACACCCGGGCAGCACAAGGAGCAGGAACCCCCGACCCCAACGGCACAGGGCAGCUCCAGCGCCCUGGGCAGUGUGGCCAAGCAAGGACCCCCCUUUGACACCCUGCUCAGCCGCCACCUCCACUCUCUGGUGCCAGAUGGAGCCCUGCGCAGGUUCAUGGCACAGGUGGCUCGAGCCCUGCGGGGGGACUGUGGCCUGCCCCAGCUCCAGCAGGCCUGCGCCAAGAUUGCCUCGAGGACGGGGCUGCUCCUGAACCUGCUGAGUGAGAGGCAGCGUGACCCGGAGCCCUCUGACGACCUUGAGCAGUGUGUGUGGGAGGAGGAUGCCGGCACCUCUCGUCCCCAUGCCCAAGUCCAGCCCAGGCAGAUGCACAGUGAAUCUGCAGAGACGGAGAUGGCCAAUCACACCUCUGAUCGCUGGCUGCCGCUGGUGCUGAUGCUCUCGCUGUUCACUCUGAUGACACUCAUCCUGGUGCAGCGCUCUUUCAAGCCUUGCACGUGUGUAGAAGACACUGGGCUGGAGGAAGAACCUUCCGGCUCCCCUAUGUUGUGGAAUUCCAUGUGGAAACCUCCAUGUUCCGAGUCCCUGUCUCUCUGUCACCACGUCUGUGCCAAGAAACAUGCUGAGGAUUCCCAAGGCAGCAGCAGAUGGUGCCUGAAGCGGUGCUUUCAGAAGCUGCAGCCCAAGUACUGGAGCAGGAGCAAGGACAUGGACGUGGACGAGGAGCAGGCACUAGCUCAGACCCUCUACCCCUUCCCUGUCUCAGGCCUGCUUCUCACCUCUCCAGUCCCUGCCCCGCAGGAGGCAUCCCUGGCUCAGCUCGAUGCUCAGGAGGAGGCAGGUUGGGACGAGGUGCCUCUGACAUAA